UUGAGGGCGCUGUGCUGAUGGAAGAGCCCAAGAGUUUGGACGGCAAAAGUGAACGGGAGCUUCGUCUCAGCGGACUCGAAUCGUGCGCUUCACUUUUUUCCUCCCUCUCUCUCUCUCUCUCUUUCUCUCUCGUUCUCCCUCUCUCAGGUCGAAACUAACCGCGACACAAGUGGCAGUUUUUGCAACAGGGGGUUUUAAGGAUAUUACAAUCUUCCUAAGCAUGCCGAGCCCUCCUCGCUGCUCGUAAAUCCGCCUCAGUUUUGCUUCGCACCGCCACAUGCCUCACGGCGGAUGCGAGCGAGCGCGCGGCGCGGCGCUAUAAGAGACAGCGAAGAAUGAAUCAAACGCGACUUUUCUAACGCAUCCGGACGACUUUUUCCUUAUCCUUUUUGUUCUUUUUCUAUUCAAAUGACCGCAAGAUGAAAUUAUCGCUCUUCCCGGCGGGUUCGCCACCACCAGUUUGACUCAUGGCUCUGUGAAAUCUCCGCGUACUUCCAUCCAUCCGUCGUCGGGACUUUUCUCUAGGCUGCAGUUGAUGAUAAUGCCGAAAGUUUGGAUAUACGGCUUUAACAGUACAGUACAGUAGAUGUGUGUAACUCGAGGCGGGGUUAAAGUUCAGCUCUAUGGAGCGCUGAAGCGUCGCGCGCACUUCGCAGAGUUGGAAAUGUGAAAGCAAGAAGCAAGGCUUUAUUUUCCCUCUCUCCCUUCUUCUCUGUCUCUCUUUUUUUCUCUUUUCAUACACACACAUAUACAUACACACCCCAUACAUUCACACAUACACACACCCUCACCCACACGCACACUCACGCGCGCACACACAACAUAUACAUCGCCAAUUCAAGAGAUAAAACCGACAGAUAUGUAUUCUCCGCUAUGCCUAACACAGGAUGAAUUCCAUCCUUUCAUUGAAGCACUGCUGCCCCAUGUGAGAGCGUUUGCCUACACUUGGUUCAACUUGCAGGCCCGCAAGAGAAAAUACUUCAAGAAGCACGAGAAGCGCAUGUCAAAGGAAGAGGAGCGAGCCGUGAAGGACGAGCUGCUCAGCGAGAAACCGGAGGUCAAGCAGAAGUGGGCAUCGCGGCUGCUGGCCAAACUCCGCAAGGACAUCCGGCCCGAGUUCCGCGAGGAUUUUGUGCUCACCGUCACCGGGAAGAAGCCCCCUUGCUGUGUGCUCUCGAACCCCGACCAGAAGGGCAAGAUGAGGAGAAUCGACUGCCUGCGUCAGGCGGACAAAGUGUGGCGCUUGGACCUGGUCAUGGUGAUUUUAUUCAAAGGUAUUCCUCUUGAAAGUACUGACGGCGAAAGGCUGGUUAAGUCUCCGCAGUGCUCGAACCCAGGGCUGUGUGUGCAGCCGCAUCACAUAGGAGUUUCCGUAAAGGAGCUCGACCUGUACUUGGCGUACUUCGUCCAUGCAGAAGCAGGGCAGUCUGACAGUCCGAACCAGCCCAGUGAAGGCGACAUCAAGGACCAGCCAGAAAAUGGGCACCUUGGCUUCCAGGACAGUUUCGUCACAUCAGGUGUCUUCACCGUCUCUGAGCUUGUGCGAGUCUCACAGACUGGCCCCCGUAUAAAGUCGGACACUGUCAAGCCACAGUUUGGCACACCGUCAAGCUCAGCGCCCAUCGCGGCAGGGACGGGGCCCAACUUUUCGUUGGCAGACUUGGACAGCUCUUCCUACUACAGUAUGAGCCCUGGGGCCAUGAGGCGCCCCCUACCCAGCACUUCUUCUAGCAGUUCUGCAAAGCGAAUCAAAUGCAUGGAGGAUGAGGUGGACAGCCCGGGAGAGGAGUCCUACUACCCAGGUCAGGGACGCUCGCCUGGAAGCGGCAGCCAAGCCAGCAGCUGGCAUGAAGUGGAGCCAGCUGGAUAUAAACUGCGUGGCUCGCUAGCUAGUUCGUUCAUCUCAAGACAAGGGAUGCCAUCGCCUACCACAUUAAAGAAGUCAGAGAAGUCUGGUUUCAGCAGCCCUGUGCCUUCGCAGACCGCUUCCCCCCGAACGGCAUUCACACACCAUCAUCGACCUGUCAUUACUGGACCCAGAGCGAGUCCACACGCCACGCCGUCAAGUCUUCAUUUCCCGACGUCGCCAAUCAUCCAGCAACCCGGCUCCUACUUCUCCCACCACGCCAUCCGCUACCACCCGCAGGAGACGCUCAAAGAGUUUGUCCAACUUGUCUGUCCUGAUAGUGGUCAGCAGGCUGGACAGGUGGGCUUCCUUAAUCCCAAUGGGAGCAGUCAAGGGAAGGUGCACAACCCGUUCCUGCCCACCCCGAUGCUGCCGCCCCCUCCACCGCCCCCGAUGGCACGACCCGUUCCUCUGCCCGUGCCAGACUCUAAACCUCCAUCCACCUCCACUGACGGAGGAGGAAACUCACCCACUUCACCCAGUGAGUGUCUGACCUCUUGUAUGACCAGUCAUCUGAUGCCACACACAACACUGACUAAAGCCUACUCCACACCGAGCACGUCUCCCGCUCAGCGUUUUGUCAGCGUGGGCCCCAGAGACCCCAGCUUUGUAAAUAUCCCUCAGCAGCCUCAGUGGUACCUGGGCUAAAGACUCCCGAACACGGACACACGGCCGCUCCGAGGUCACUCGACCAACCCCCUCUGUCUCCCCUGAGUACGACCCGCAAACAUGUACACCAGUCUGAACAGAGAGAAGCCACUUGCUGCCCCGUACCGGACAGACCCACAGCAUGGCUCCAGCCGAACAACCCCGCCAAGCCCUGGAACAAGAGGAACCGCUUACACCCACUUACUAUAUAUCUAUAUAGUCCAGAUGUAUUCUUCCAUAUGUAUGGUUUACAUGCCUAUAUUCAUAUAUAGUAGCUGUCCAGCUCUUCUGAGGGUGGAGCUCAGAAAAAAAAAACGAAGAGCUUUUUUGUUUUGUUUUCUUAAUUUUUGGUUUUGGAAACAUGCACGUUUUAUUUUUAUUUUCCGUUCGUUUGUUUGUUUUUGUUUUUUAUGGUUCACCCUCACAGAUAGACGAGGAAAAACGUAACAUGACGCAAUCAAAGAGCUUCCCGCUUCUGUGCCUGUGGUGUUAAAAAGAGAGGCGUUUCGAGAUCAAAAACGCAA